CCCGCGACCCGAGUGAGGUCAACAGUCCAAACUAAGCCAAUUCUGAAGUUGUCCACUCGGUGGCAGCUUGCAUUAAGAGCCACUGCGCAUGCUCGACUACAGUUACUCAACAAACAUGGCGGCGUCCAGUUUAGCAGCAGUCAGAGCACUGAACGGUGUCCUCCUUGUUCCUGUCCGGUGGCUCCUCACUCAGAGCGGUCAAACCCCGGCGGUGUAUCGAACUUGUCGGCUACAUGUGUCCCCUGCUGCCUCCCUGUGCAGCUCCAGGACGGAACCUCCGAGGAGCAGCAGCCAGACAGCCCGACCAAAGGUCAGCAGGGCAGAGGAGGAAGAACCGGAGGGCUACGAGUACAUCCCCAGGAGGAAAGCCAAGAACCCCAUGAUGAAAAUCGGCUAUGCAUGGAUGAUCGGCCUCCCUACAGGUAUCAUCGGCUUCUUGCUGGCUAAGAGACAAGUGGACAAAAACCGACUGCAGCAGCUGAAGAUCAGACAGAGGAUGAAAAGAUCGAAUGAAGGCGAAUAUGAAGGAAGCCGCUACCGCCAUCAUUCAGAGGUUAAAGUGGACCGAUGAGGCUCACGUGUGGCUGCUGUGAUUUGACAUCAUAUCCUGCCCAAAGACUGAUUAUUACAUCUCUGUUGAUGUCAAAGGUAAAUGUGUAUUUAAACAGGAACAAUCAAACUGCAAAUGAACCACAAGUAACCUCACAAAGAAGAAUCUUUAUUUGAUAUGAAACUGAUUCUCUUCAGCGUUGAUAUGUAUAUUUACAACCUCUCACAUCUGUUCUGUACAUUCAAAUCGAUUGUUUUUGAGUAAAGAGUUCUGUGUA